AUGAGUGAACCUGAAGAAAACUACGCCACCGAUGACGAAAUCGGCACUUUGAAACAGCCUCCUCCAGCACCUACUAAACCAAGCCAUGCUACCACUCCUGCUGCUACUGCUGCACCAGUCCCGGCCCCCGUUACAGCACCUGAAACUCCUGCUUGCAAAAAAUCUAACAUCUUCGUUUUCGAAAUGAAAAGAGGAAAGCAUUUCAAAUUUGAAGGAGAAGAACAGGCCAAUGCCUUCCAGAAGCAGUAUGCCAUUGUCAUCAAAAAGCGUCAUGCUUACGUCAGCCUCGCAAGCGCAGAGAAGAAAUUCAAAGCUCUCACUGAAGGAACCACUAACACAACUACUGCUGCUCAGGCCCCCGCCCGCAAUCGUGCAAACACUGCUGUCGACAAUGUCGACAACGAUGCUGUUAGGCGCCUUUUCGACGACAUCAGAUCUAAUCAGGAUGCUGAGCGCCUUGAGGUUCAUUGGCUCACUACUGAUACUGCCGAGUUGGUCCUACUCCUUCUCAAGCCUGUUGACCGCUUCCAAGGUGACCCCUGGUACUUCAAGUGUAUCAACUACAUCAACAUAUUCAAGAGAUGGUUCCAGAUCUACAAAUGUCCCGAUAAAACUAUUGAAAAAGCUUUCAACAAUUUGGGCACUUCUCCCCGUUCUUGCGACACCGAUCCAGAAAGGAAGCAAAUUUUGGCUGAGGAGUACAAGGAUAAGCGUGGCAUGACUCGUCAAAAUGAAAUCCACCUCUACCACACUUUCGUUCCCAUUCCAACCGACACUCUCAACUCUACCGAUGAAGAGACUGACUGGAUCAAAAAUCUCGCCGAAAAGGUCGGUAAUACCAUGCUCGAAAUUAUGAAGAAACCUGAUUUCCGCUCUUUGCUUUCUCGCCUCGACAAGGAUCGUUCGAGCAAGCUCAGCGAUACUAUCUUCAACGAGAAGAAGGGCACCAACCUACCCAAAUACCUCCGCGAGGCUGCGGUAUGCGUCAAACCCAUCAAUGGCAAUCUCCAGGAUCUCGUUCCCGCCAAUAUUCAGCUCGACAUGAUGCAUGACCUUCUUACCAGCUCCACGACCACUGCUAAAUAUCAGGGCUAA